AUGGCGGCGAGACAAAGGCAGUGGAAAACCACCCCCGGCUCGCCUCCGCCCCGCUCCCGGACGGAAGAAGAGGCCAGUGGGCAGAAGCGGAUGGAGGCGGGCGGGGCCCAGGCGCGGGGCGGUACCGGCGCGGGCGGGCGGCCGCGAUUCUGCCUGGACCUGCAGCAAAACAACUCCACAAAAAGAAACACCUUCAGAACAAAGAUGAAUAUUGGGAAAGCUUACAGUGCUGCUAACAUCAGCAAUGGAACAGAUCUAGCUAUUGGCUUUACCUCUUCCACAGUAGCUGUCCUUCUGUUUGGGACAAACUUUGUGCCUGUCAAGAAAUUUGAUACUGGUGAUGGCAUGUUUUUCCAGUGGAUUCUCUGUGCCUCCAUAUGGAUAGUUUCUUUGGUGGUCAAUUUGAUCCAGAAUUGCCCCCGGUUUUGGCCCCUGGCUAUGGUUGGAGGUUUUGUGUGGGCUACAGGCAAUGUUACAGUUGUCCCUAUUGUUAAAACUAUUGGCUUAGCUCUUGGUCUCUUGAUAUGGGCUUCUUUUAAUUUGCUAACAGGCUGGGCAAGUUCAAGGUUUGGUUGGUUUGGAAUUGACCCGGAAGAGGUAUCAAGACCAAUCUUAAACUAUAUUGGAGCUGGACUUUCACUUAUAAGUGCUGUCAUAUUUCUUUUUAUAAAAACUGAAGUCCAGAGUUCUUCAACUUCAUUAGAAAGCACACCUUUACUGAGAGAAAGUUCUAUAAAUGUUUCUGAAGAGACCACUGAGGACUCAUGGGUGAGCAAGCUUUCUCCAGCUAAAAGGAGACUCACAGGCUGUAGCCUGGCUGUAGUGGCUGGAAUACUCUAUGGUUCCAGUUUUGUACCAGUACUUUACAUCAAGGACCAUGGAAGAAGAAAUGAAACUGUAUACACAGGAGCAAGUCAGUUUGAUUUAGAUUACGUUUUUGCACACUUCAGUGGAAUAUUUCUUACAAGUACCGUCUACUUUUUGAUCUAUUGUGCAGUCAGGAAGAAUAAACCUUACGUUUAUCCCCAAGCCAUAUUGCCAGGGUUUGUUUCUGGUGUGCUUUGGGCAAUAGCCAAUUGCUGCUGGUUCCUGGCCAAUCACUAUCUCAGUGCUGUCGUCAGCUUUCCAAUAAUUACUGCAGGUCCUGGCCUUGUUGCUGCAAUGUGGGGAGUCCUUGUAUUUAAGGAAAUCAAGGGGCUGAAAAACUACAUGCUACUGUCAGUAUCGUUUUGCAUCAUUUUGGCUGGAUCACUUUCCACAGCUUUUUCUAAAGUUUGAAAAGACCUUCUGGACCAGUAGAUGGUGCUAGCAUUUAACACAAAUAGAAAGAUCAUGUUGGUAGAUCACAAUACAUAAUAAUUUUCAAAAUGUAUGUCCAACAUUUACAGUAACUUACUUCAGCCAAGUGGAAAAUGAAAACAUUUGGCAUGAAAGAAAAUCUGGAAAUACUUGUUCCUGUUUUUCUUGGAAUAGUAAGAAAAUCAAAGGACUUUGAUUAAUCAAAGCUAAAUGAUUUUAUUGUUAGUAAUUUUUUGAUAUUUUCAUUCAGGUGCUAAACUUCAUGUCAUCAUAAAUUCUGGAUAAAUUGUUGUGAUAGUGGAUAGUGAUUUUAAUGUUAGUUUAUAAUACUGUCUGUAUGUGUUUGCAAGCUGAUUUGUUUUAUUAAAACAUUUUUCUUACUGGCUUGAUUGAGAUACAUCUUGAAAUAUUCCUUAUGAAACUGAUACACAUGAAGAUAAUAAAGCUUUUCUUUUAUUUAGAAUCAUUAUUCUUUACAUUCAUUAGUUUACAUGAAAAUAUUAUCUUCCAGUCGCUUUAGAUUUGUGAAGGAAAUUGAGUAAAAAGGGUGCUGCAAAAUAAACUA